UCGGGCGAGAAGCACGACUCCUGCACGGCUCCCAUCGUUUCCAGUGAACUCGAGGGCUCAUUUCCAUAUUUUUAUUAGCCGAUUCCAAAGAGCGAGGACUGCUUCACAAAUCGCGUCAUGGAGACAAAGAAAGACAGAAAGACUCAACUGUGACAAGAGCAAAAAAAAAGGUUUCUCCGUUGGGCGUUCAAGCGCUCAUCCCUGGAGUUUGCCUUCGCAAAUGUCACCGAGUAACCAAGCGCGUCCACGUAGGCUACUGUAAACAGAGGAAAGGAUAUCGUUUUUUGACAGUUCAGAGGCGGACGUAAACAAAAACCUGCGCACCGUUAACCCGUGGAAACUGGACACUGUGGUCGGGGUAAGAAGUGGCUCGUUUUCCCCAAAGGCUCCGCUCUGCUAGGUUUUUUCUUUCUUUCCAAAGGCUACUCUGUGAGUAUCUAAUGAAGUUCUCAAGACUGUGCAUCGCUUGUGGAUUACAGCGUACAGCCCCUCGUGCCGAGGGCGCAGUGACCGUGGCCGUGUGUCGGCGCGCGUAAAGGUUUACUUCAGCCACCGAAAGUAAAGAAAAGUCCGGAGGGCGAAUGCAAGGAUGCCGGUCCGACGGGGACACGUGGCGCCGCAAAACACUUUCCUCGAUACCAUCAUAAGGAAAUUCGAGAGUCACAGUCGCAAGUUCAUCAUCGCCAACGCCCGUGUGGAGAACUGCGGCAUCAUCUUCUGCAAUGACGGCUUCUGCCUCAUGUGCGGCUACACGCGGGCCGAGGUCAUGCAGAAGCCCUGUACCUGCGACUUCCUGUACGGGCCGCACACCACCCGGCUGGCCAUCGCCCAGAUCGCCCAGGCUCUGCUCGGCUCCGAGGAGAGGAAGGUGGAGAUCGCCCUCUACCGCAAAGACGGUGAGUGCUUCCUGUGCCUGGUGGACGUGGUGCCGGUUAAAAAUGAGGAGGGCGUGGUGAUCAUGUUCAUCCUCAACUUUGAGGUCAUGGACGACAAGCCGGACCAGACGCUGGACACCAACCACAAGCUCCCCAUACCCUGGCGCUCCUCCAGUCGGACGCGUGGCAUCCGGCUGCGUCUGCCAGUGCUCCGCUCCCUCAGCAACAGCAGACAGUCCCUGCAGGGGGACCCCGAGUCAGGCCACAGCCACGGCGCCCCCCAACACCACCACCCGCCGGGCACGCCACCACCACCCCCGCGCCGCACCAGCCGCGAGUCGCACCAGUCCGUAGCGCUGGGCGAGCUCCUGCCGGUGCCCGAGAGGUCGCGACCUUCGCUCACGCUCUGGCCGGACGAGCAGCGGGCGGGACUGCUGGGCAGAGACUCCGCCUCCACGCCGCCCCUGCAGCCCCCGCAGGACCACUCGUCGCCGCAGCAACAGCACCGGCUCAACCCGGACGCUUCCACGUCCAACUGCAGCCUGACGCACAGCCGCUCGCGAGAGAGCUUCUACAGUAUGCGGCGCGCCUCCUCCGUGGACGACAUCGAGGCCAUGCGGCCCAACUGGGACAGGAAGUUCCGCACGCGCGGCAGCUGCAGCAGCACAGGUGCGGUCAACAACAAGUCCAACAUCCUCAACUCUACCUCCGACUCUGACCUCAUGCGCUACCGCACCAUCAGCAAGAUCCCGCAGAUCACGCUCAACUUCGUGGACUUCAAGGCCGACCCGCUGAUCGCCCUGCCCACAGGAGACAUGGACAUCAUCGCGCCCUGCAAGCUCAUCGACCGCACACACAACGUCACCGAGAAGGUCACGCAGGUGCUGUCGCUGGGUGCCGACGUGCUGCCCGAGUACAAGCUGCAGGCGCCGCGCAUCCACAAGUGGACGGUGCUCCACUACAGCCCCUUCAAGGCGGUGUGGGACUGGCUCAUCCUGCUGCUGGUCAUCUACACGGCCAUUGUCACCCCGUACUCGGCCGCCUUCCUGCUCAACGACCAGGAGGACCAGAAAAUGCAGGCCUGCGGCUACUCCUGCCCGCUCAACGUGGUGGACCUCAUCGUGGACAUCAUGUUCAUCAUCGACAUCCUCAUCAACUUCAGGACCACCUACGUCAACGCCAACGACGAGGUGGUCAGCCACCCCAUCAAGAUCGCCGUGCACUACUUCAAGGGCUGGUUCCUCAUCGACAUGGUGGCGGCCAUUCCUUUCGACCUGCUCAUCUAUCGGAAUGGAGAAGAGACGACCACGCUGAUAGGCCUGCUGAAGACCGCCCGCCUGCUCCGAUUGGUGCGCGUGGCCCGUAAGCUGGACCGCUACUCGGAGUACGGCGCGGCGGUGCUCUUCCUGCUCAUGUGCACGUUCGCCCUGAUCGCCCAUUGGCUGGCCUGCAUCUGGUACGCCAUUGGCAGCGUGGAGCGGGCCGGCUCCAUUGGCUGGCUGCACUCGCUGGGGGACCAGCUGGGCAAGCACUACAACACCUCCAUACCGGGCUCGGGGCCCUCCAUCAAGGACAAGUACGUCACCGCUCUCUACUUCACCUUCAGCUCGCUGACCAGCGUGGGCUUCGGGAACGUGUCGCCCAACACCAACUCCGAGAAGAUCUUCUCCAUCUGCGUCAUGCUCAUCGGAUCUCUGAUGUAUGCCAGCAUCUUUGGGAACGUGUCAGCCAUCAUCCAGCGGCUCUACUCGGGCACGGCGCGCUACCACGCCCAGAUGCUCCGUGUGCGCGAGUUCAUCCGCUUCCACCAGAUCCCCAACCCGCUGAGGCAGCGGCUGGAGGAGUACUUCCAGCACGCUUGGUCCUACACCAACGGCAUAGACAUGAAUGCGGUUCUGAAAGGGUUCCCGGAGUGUUUGCAGGCCGAUAUCUGCUUGCACCUCAACCGCACGCUGCUGCAGAACUGCAAGGCCUUCAAGGGCUCCACCAAGGGAUGCCUCCGCGCGCUGGCCAUGAAGUUCAAGACGACGCACGCGCCGCCCGGGGACACGCUGGUGCACGCUGGGGACGUGCUGACCGCCAUCUACUUCAUCUCCCGCGGCUCCAUCGAGAUACUGAGGGGAGACGUGGUGGUGGCCAUCUUAGGGAAGAAUGACAUAUUCGGUGAGCCCAUCAACCUGUAUGCGCGGCCGGGGAAGUCCAACGCGGACGUGCGGGCGCUGACCUACUGUGACCUCCACAAGAUCCAGCGGGAGGACGUCCUGGAGGUGCUGGACAUGUACCCAGAGUUCUCUGACCACUUCUGGACCAACCUGGAGAUCACAUUCAACCUCAGAGACACCAACAUGAUCCCUGGCUCCCCCAGCAGCGACGACUCUGACAGUGGCGGCUUUAACCGUCUGCGUAGGCGCAAGCUGUCAUUCCGCAGACGCACUGAAAAAGACGACGCGGAUGCGGGGGAAGUCAAGAAGAACCAGAAGCCCAUCCGGCGGAGCAGGAAGAAGGCGGCCAGCAGCAGCCAGGAGGGGGAGAGCCUCAAGCCGGACUGGGAGGCGCACCACCACUCCGACUCCCCCCACUCCAGCGGGGACGAGGAGGGGGAGGGCUCUCUGCACCCGGGCCCAGAGCCUCCUCUCCCCUUACUGGAGCUCUCCCGGCCCCCCCAGGCCUCCCCCAGCACAUACGAGGCAGCCGAGGCGGACGGAGAUCCCAAAACAGGAAACACCUGCAAUGCGCUCUCAGGUGCGUUCUCAGGUGUGUCUAACAUCUUUAGCUUCUGGGGGGAGAGCCGGGGCUCCCAUCAGUACCAGGAGGUGCCUCGCAGCAGCCUGCCCUCGCCCCCGCCCCACAACACCCCCCUCCGCAACAUCACCCGACGUCAGCGCACAGAGGUGGAGAACCGCCUGGACCUGCUGCAGAAACAGCUCAACAGGUUAGAGACGCGCAUGUCGACGGACAUCGGCGCGAUCAUGCAGCUGCUGCAGAGGCAGAUGGCCCUGGUGCCGCCGGCCUACAGCACCGUCUCCUCGCCCCCACAGGGCUCCAGCUACCCCGGCCCCCCCGAGAGGCUCAUCCAGCCCGUCACGCCCCUCGAGUCAGAGACGCUCGCCUCGCUCUCACAGAUUUUGGACCGGCCGGACUUUGAGGAGGAGUUCGGCGCGGCGAGUGCCAGCAAGUCCAGCGAGUCCCUUCGUAGUCCGACGGAGUUCCACCCCUGCGGCGGCAGCACCCCACUGCUCACCCCCACCCCCACCCCCACCGAGCCUCCCUUGCAACCCCCGACCCCUGCAGCCCAGGGCAGCAUGGCGGCCCUCACUCUCCCCCUGACCCUGGAGCUGGGGCCACUGGGGGUGGAUGUAGGGGCCCCAUCUCGGCCCUCAACCCUGCUGGACCCUGAGGCCCAGAGGAGGCUCUCUCUGCCCGAGCCCCAGACCCCGCUGGACUCACGGACACCGCAGAGGCACAGCUCCGACCCCGGGAGCUAGGGAGCAAGGGA